AUGUCGGCAGGAUCUUGGCAGUCGGCUGUUUCGAGCACAUCACCAAAGCUGGCGAGCGCAAUGGAGGUCGCCAUGGCCGCUGGCGCCGAAGUUAGCCGCGUGAGCCGACGCAUCUUGCAGAAGAUAUGGGAUCCAGAGCCCGUCAAUGACAGUAAUCAGCCUGUGUGGUGUCUGGGUCGCUCCUACAUAGCAAACAAGAAGUUCUCGACAAAAGCGCCGCCGCAGUCCUAUUCCUCUUCCUCGUCCGUAACAUCAUCAUUGAUCCUAUCCAGCAUCCCUCCUGCCGACACCGCCGUAUCCACAUCUUCGGCGCCAGUUCCUACUGCUGUCCCCGGCACCAACAGCGGCCAUUCGCAACAGCAAACUCCCGAGACCCCCGCGGAUUUGAGUGCGAGUAGUGUGGAAUCGGCGCUUGCCUACGGGGACGCAGAUGGUACUACCGACGGCGGCUGGCCGCCGGCUUUCCUGGACGACUUCGAGUCGCGGAUAUGGAUGACAUACCGGACGGGUUUCGAACUGAUCCCGCGCUCGACAGAUCCGCGGGCCACGUCGGCGCUGUCGUUUAGCAUGCGUCUAAAGACAUCCUUCGGGGCGGACCAGGCAGGUUUCUCCUCUGACACUGGUUGGGGGUGCAUGAUCCGAUCUGGACAGAGCCUCCUGGCUAACGCAUUGUUGAUCUCGCGUUUGGGCCGUGAGUGGAGACGAGGUCAAAACCCGAAAGCCGAGCGUGAGAUUCUCUCGCUGUUCGCCGACGACCCAAGGGCCCCCUAUUCCUUACAUAAUUUUGUCAAACACGGGGCGGAGGCGUGUGGUAAGUUCCCGGGGGAGUGGUUUGGUCCGUCGGCGACGGCACGUUGCAUUCAGGCCUUGGCCAACAAGCAUGAGAGUGAACUGCGGGUGUACUCUACCGGUGAUCUACCCGAUGUGUACGAGGACAGCUUUAUGGCGAUUGCCAACCCUGACGGCCAGCAUUUCCAUCCUACCCUUGUCUUGGUAUGCACGAGAUUGGGAAUUGAUAAAAUCAACAAGGUCUAUGAACAGGCCUUGAUUUCUACCCUCCAGAUGGAGCAGUCCAUCGGCAUUGCAGGUGGUCGUCCUUCUCAAUCUCACUACUUCAUUGGCGUUCAGGACCAGUGGCUGUUCUAUCUCGAUCCUCAUUACCCCAGACCCAUGCUUCCGUAUCGUGAAAACCCUGAAGACUAUACCCAAGAAGAGGUAGAUUCAUGUCAUACUCGACGCCUGCGACAUCUUCACGUCGAAGACCUGGAUCCUAGCAUGUUAAUCGGCUUCCUGAUUAAGGAUGAAGAUGACUGGGAUACGUGGAAGAGCGCAGUGAAGCAUGUUCAGGGUAAGGCCAUCAUCACUGUCUCUCCACAUGAUCCCGCGCUCGGUGGCACCGGGUCUGGUCGGGCUGAAGCCAUCGAUGAGGUGGAGACUUUGAGCGAUGACGACAACGACGAUGGUGAUACCGUGCUUCAGGCAUGA